AUGUCUGCUCUCGGUAAGGCCUCUCUGGCCUCUGACAAGGAUGUCACUGUCGUUUGUCAACCGGUACUGAUCGACAACGAUGUUGAGCUCAAGAGGUAUCGCCUUACUAUCAUCGACUGUCGCCCACUUAACAACUUUCGGCUACUAGUGGAUGCUGACGCUACCUUUCUGUUCAUGCCGGUCGACGGUGCUCAAGGCACCAGUUGCAAGGGUAACGAGGAGCACGUCUACAAGCAGUAUCAGCUCGGUACCAUUGUGCUUCUGCGUGAUAUUCCGGGUGAACACACGGGUUAUUGGAGUAAAGUUCAUCUCGAGGAUGCCUACGGUGCUCUCCGCGUUUCAACUGCUCUCUCACGGCUGUCCGGCACUGUCAGUAUUAACUUUAAUGGCCAACAGUAUGUAUAG